CAAGAAUUCGUUUUAAAUUCACCGACAUUAACGGCUUAUAAAUGGUGGCCAGGCGGCUGAGGCCAUACAGCCAACUAUGCGGUGGCAGUUGCUCAACUGUACACUUUGCGGAAAUUGCGAAGUUUGACUCCGUUUUUUGUUCAAAUACGCGACGAGGAAACUCAUAUGCCCGUGCCCGGACCAAAAUUGGACCAAAGUUGCGGAUGAAAUCGAGUAACAAUGGUUAUUUAGGUUUUAAAAGUGUGCGCGUGCCGAUAAAUCAUAUAUUGAUGAAGAACCAAGAAGUGUUAUUCGAUGGUACCUAUAUACCACCGAAGAAUUCUGCUUUUAUUUAUGGCACUAUGAUGUUUGUACGUGUGGUAUUAAUUCGUGACGCUUCCUUGGCUUUAGCUAAGGCAUCGACCAUAGCUGUCCGUUAUUCAGUAGUAGUACGUUAAAAU